AUGCGGAAUAAAAAGGUUUUUAUCGUCCUUGAUGAUGUGGACAGUGAAAAACAACUAAUGGCAUUAGCAGGUGAUCGAAAAUGGUUUGGUCCAGGGAGUAGGGUGAUUAUAACAUGCAGAGAUAGUCAUCUGUUGAGUACACAUGAAGUGAAUGAUAUCCACAAGGUUGACCAGCUUGAAAUAGAGAAAGCUUUGCAACUCUUUAGUUUGUUUGCCUUCAAGCAAACCCAUCCAACGGAGAAUUACAAGGAUCUAUCUAUGGACUUUGUAAAUUAUACUCAAGGCCUUCCUUUAGCUCUUAUAGUUUUGGGUCGUUUCUUGCAUACUAGAACAAUAGAUGCAUGGAAAAGUGAGAGAGAUAAACUAAAAGCAAUUCCUAAUCCAGAAAUUAUGAAUGUACUUCAAAUAAGUUUUGAUGGGCUGCAGGAAUUGCAAAAAGAGUUAUUUUUGGAUAUGGCAUUUUUGGAUAACAUACUUCAUGAAGAGAUGUUAUUAGAAAGUUUUGGUCAUUAUCGCAUCGACCUUGAUGUUCUCGUCGAGAAGUCCCUCGUAAGCAAAACAAAAUAUGGAUCGUUGUCUAUGCAUGAUUUGCUAAAAGAACUGGGUAGGGAAAUAGUUCGCCGCGCAUACCCUGAAGAACCUGGACGUCGUAGUAGACUGCGUCGUCUGGAGGAUCUCUAUCACGUACUGAAGAAUGAUACUGGAACUGAUGCAACUAAAGGCAUAGUCCUGGGUUUUUGUCGUGAAACGAAAGAUCAGAGACUCAACGCCAAAGCAUUGUCAAAGAUGAGAAAAUUGAGAUAUCUUAAAUUCCAUGAUUUUCAAACUUUAAAAUGGCGUGGAAAUCCUUUAAAAUACUUGCCAACCAAUGAGUUGCGAUUUCUAGAGUGGCGUGGAUAUGAUUCGAAAUUCUUUCCGAGCAGUUUCCAUCCAAAAAAUCUUACUGUACUAAGGAUGCCUGGCAGCCGUAUCAAACAACUAUGGAAGGGGUCGAUGAUUUUAGACAAUUUGAAGGAAUUUGAUCUGAGCUAUUCUCAGAACUUAAUUGAAAUACCAGAUUUGACUGGAGUCCCAAAUCUUGAGAAAAUAAACCUUUCAGGUUGUACAAGCUUGUGUGAGCUCCACCCAUCCAUCGGAAGUCUCAAAAAAUUAAAAGCAUUGGGACUUGACAAAUGUUCAAGCCUUGAGAAGUUACCAGACCUGAGUAGUUUGGAAUGCCUGACCGAUCUUAGAGCAGAGGAAACUGCUAUAACACAAAUACCAUCUGUCAAUCUAAUGCCCAAGAGCAUCCGUAGGUUUCGUCUUCAAGGAUGCAAGUUGAUGCGACUUAAAUCAACAGAUCCCUUCUAUGAUAUCGGAUCACUUGUAGAAUAUCAGAAGGAAGGAAUAUAUGAUUACGUAGAAGCAACGUGGAUUGAUUUUGACAGCAAAGGAGAAAAUGUUUUAGACAUGGCAGGUGCAUGUGCUUCGGCUUUAGAUGACGAUUUGAAGAUGAUAAGUGGAUGGUCGUGGGGAUUCCAUAUCCCGGAGUGGGUCCAGUAUAAAAGUAAUGGUUCCUCUAUAAAGAUGGAUUUGGAUGUUAUUAUGAAUUUGGAGACGGGGUUUACUUUCUUUAUUAUUCUGGCUUGUGAUGUAUUUAGAGCAACUGCCAAUGAAAAUAGUUGCAUAGUUAUCUUUCUCAGUGGGGAUACUGCACUGAUCAACACUUAUAGCUUUGGCAACGAGCCAAUUCCAAAUUUUGGUUAG